AUGCAAAUCUUGCUGCUUGCUCUAUUUGGUUUCAUUUCAUUACAUUUGGGUGUCAAUACUGAUGAUACUAUCGUCGUUUAUUCAUCAUCCAACAAUCAACAAAAUUUACAACAAAUAAUAAAUUCUAUUUCCAAUAAUGCAACUAUAUUGAUAAAACCUGGCAUCUAUACAGAAUCGCUUAUUAUUGAAAACAAAAUUGUUAAUUUAAUUGCUGCAGAAUCGAAUCAAGUGGUUGAGUUUCAACAGUUGGCAAACGAUAUCAUUUUAUUAUAUCGAAACGGUGGUGGUGGUCAAGUAAAAGGAAUAGCUUUUACUGGAAUAAAUGGAACAGGUAUAAGUGGUUCUCGCAAUAGUCAAGAAGGACCUCCUGGGAAAAUUGAUAUUUUUAAUUGUACCUUUCAAGAUAUUGGAAAUGGCAUAAUUAAUCGAUUUUCUCUUAUUUCAAUCGGUAACCUGAUUGUUAAUCGAGCACAAUGGUUUUCUAUUGAUCUGCAAGGUCUUCUUGGUGCUCCAGGUACGACUGUUCAUGAUAUUUUCAUUUUAGACAGCGGGAAUGGAUUUAUUAUACGUGAUAUCAAUUGUGCUGCUUUGAUUUUUUGGAAUAUUGUCUGUCGUAAUAAUGAAAAAUGUGGCCUCAUUAUUUUUGAUACAUUGAGUGGUCCAUUGACAAUAGCUGAAAGCACGUUUUCGGUAAUUGUUCGCGAUAGUCUCAUUACAGAUGCACAGCCAACAUCCGGUAGCAAAAUCUACGGUGACGGAUUUGUAGCAAUGAAGAACAAGGAAACGAUCGAAUUACGUUCAAGUACUGUAUACAAUAAUUUUCGUUCUGGUGCGAGCGCAUGGGGCAGUACAUUGAAAUUAACAAAUAAUCAGUUUCGUGGCAAUGCAUUCGAUUUGAACUAUGAAACUAUGGAUGGUAUUGCAGGCAGUUUUCAGGAUUCAUCAAGAAAUAUUUGUUAUGAUGAUUUUCACGGUAAAAAUGCCUGUCAUGCUGUGUCGUCAUCAGUAGAAUCUCCUCCAGCUCUACCUCCGUUAGGUUCACCAUAG